AUACGCUACUCAACUUCAUUAGAAACACAACUUGAAACUUAGCCUUUGCUAAUUAAGAGAUAGAGAGAAAAUGAAAGGCGAAUUAGCAAUGUUUGAAGGUGAAAAUGAGAGUAAAGGGUAUCCAAUUAAGACAGUUGUGGUGUUGGUUCAAGAGAAUAGAUCAUUUGAUCAUAUGCUUGGGUGGAUGAAGCUACUCAACCCUCAUAUUGACGGGGUCACGGGUCAUGAGUCCGUUCCUUUGAACACUUCGGAUCCGAAUUCUGCCCGUAUCAAAUUUGGUGAUGGCUCCGUUUAUGUCGAUCCUGACCCGGGUCACUCCAUUCAAGACAUCUAUGAACAGAUUUUUGGAGAGCCAUGGAGCCAAGAAUCAGCACAAAAGAAGCAACCCCCAAAAAUGCAAGGAUUUGCACAGAAUGCAAAUCGGAUCAAAUCCGGAAUGGAUGAGGCCGUGAUGAAUGGGUUCAAACCCGAACUUUUACCAGUUUAUAAAGAACUGGUAAGCCAAUUUGCGGUUUGUGAUAGGUGGUUCGCUUCCAUCCCUGCCUCCACACAACCAAAUAGGCAAUACAUCCACUCAGCUACAUCUCAUGGCUUAACAAGCAAUGAUAGCAAAAAGUUGAAGGCAGGAAUGCCUCAAAAGACCAUAUUUGAUUCAUUGCAUGAGGCUGGUCAUAGUUUUGGUAUUUAUUAUCAACUCCCUCCGGCCACUCUUUACUACAGGAACCUAAGAAAAUUGAAGUAUAUACCAAAAUUUCACCAAUUCGAUAUUACAUUCAAGAGACAUUGCAAGGAAGGAAAGCUACCAAACUAUGUGGUAAUAGAACAAAGAUACUUGGACUUGAAAUUAUUGCCAGGGAACGAUGAUCAUCCAUCCCAUGACGUCUCAAUAGGUCAAAAAUUCGUCAAAGAAGUUUAUGAAGCAUUAAGAUCAAGUCCUCAAUGGAAUGAAAUGUUGUUCAUAAUUACAUAUGAUGAGCAUGGUGGUUUCUUUGACCAUGUUCCUACCCCUGUAGAAGGUGUACCUAGCCCUGAUGAUAUCAACGGUCCAGCCCCGUAUAAUUUCAAGUUUGAUCGACUUGGUGUUAGGGUUCCUACCAUUUUCAUAUCGCCUUGGAUCCAACCCGGCACAGUGAUACAUGCUCCUAAAGGACCACAACCAACAUCCCAAUUUGAGCACUCCUCAAUUCCAGCAACUGUUAAGAAGAUUUUCAACUUGAAAGACUUCCUUACCAAACGCGAUGCAUGGGCUGGGACUUUCGAAGUUGUCUUAAACCGAACCACCCCUAGAACUGACUGCCCAGUUACAAUGCCAGAGCCGGUGAGGCUUAGAGACUUUGAGGCAAGAGAACACAAGAAGUUAUCAGACUUUCAAGGAGAAAUGGUACAACUAGCAGCAUGCUUAAAAGGAGACCAUAAAAAAGACACUUAUCCAAACAAAUUAGUUGAGGAAAUGAAUGUUGCUCAUGCUGCUGACUAUUGCAACGAAGCCUUCAAGCUUUUUUUACAAGAAUGUGAGAAAGCAAGGCUUGAUGGAGUCGAUGAAGACACAGUCAUUGACAUCGGAAGCAAUGAAGAACAAGGCAUUCCUAGUAAGGAGAAGGACGAAAAAUCGCUUGUUCAUAAGGUUUUUUCAUGCUUGGCCUGCAACAACAAUUAAGCUAAGGAAACUUCUUUAAAGGAAAUGAUCAUGUAAUUAUGUUCUACUAAUUUGGGUGUUUUUAUUUGAGUGUUUUCUCCGUCCACUGUAUAUACAAUUAACUCUUUUAUCCAAAUUAUUUGUUCUCUUGGA